AUGGGGGGCAGCAUCUCUCCUGAGGGCGUAGAUACACCCCCUUCCGGCACCGGCACCAACACUGUCGUCGCUGCGGAUGAGUUUUCAUGGCUAGAUCCCCAUCCCAUCUUUGUGAUCAUCCUGGUAGGCCCUGAUGAGAGGCCUUUUGGUAUUCAGAAAGACUUCUUGUGCUCAAAAUGCCACCACUUUCGUAAUCACUUCGCCAAGAAUGCUGAGGAUGCUAUCGAACACGUCGUUCGAUUACCAGAGACGCCCGUUCAAGUCUUCGCUCAUGCCCAGCACUUUCUUUAUACGGGAAAUGUCUUUGUCAGUACCGAUCAGAUGCCGUCUUACGACGUGCUCGUCAACAUCUGGAAGCUUGGCCAUAGCUUAGGCAUCGACGGUCUCUGCGAGCGCACCCUUGAGGCGAUGGCUGAGUACAAACGUGCCACCCACUGCAUCCCGGAUACACCGCUACUGGUCCAGGUGUGGAAGGACACACCCGCUGGCUCAUCUAUCCGUCAACUGCUGCUCUCUUGGGCAGCCGAAUAUCUUCGGUCCAGUCAUGAGCGCUCCGAGUUCGCCCGUUCACUGCCACAAGAACUACUCAGCGAACUGGUCGUUGCUAUGAGCUCAUAUGGUGACGGCGUCCUAGCCGCGCCUGGACCAGGAACCGGAGCUGCAAGCGAUGUCGGCCCCAAGAAGAACGUACAUUAUAUGAACGGCGGUGACGAUUUUGCGGCUGCAGACUACAGCAGCGGAAGUGGAGACCGGGACCUGUCGCCUGCUUCGAAGCGGGCACGCCAUACUGAGUAUCCGUCAAAAACCGCUGCUUCCUCUGCGGCAACUAAUUUGGCAGGUCCUGGAAAGGCUGGCAGAACCUCACUCCCAAACCACCGGAUGCCACCCAAGAAGCGCAACAGCAUGGCGGGUACGGAGACAUUUACCGCAGACCAGAAGCUCAAGUUCUGUUCUGAUUUGAUCAACCGGAUGCUCUCAGGACCAGGGUUCUGGACGCGCCUGGUUGGUCCCUUCAGAGACGCCGUGGACCCCGUAACUGAAGGAAUUCCCGACUAUUUGGAUAAGAUCAAGCGGCCGAUGGACCUAAGCACAAUCAAGUCCAAUCUAGAUCGAGGCUUAUACCGAUCUGAAGACGAGUUCUUGACAGACAUGCAACAAAUAUUCUCCAAUGUUUACACAUACUGGAAGAGGGAUGACCCUAUAUGGGUUGUGUGUAAGCGGCUGCAAAGGACGUUCGAGGAGAAGUACGCACAGAUGAACAAGUGGUUAGGUAAGAUGGACGGUGAGGUGCCCCCCUAA